GAUCUCUGGUCCAGGCCAGAUCCCAUCUUCAGACCAGAUCUCUGGUUCAGACCAGAUUCCAUCUUCAGAGCAGAUCCCUGGUCAAUACCAGAUCCCAUCUUCAAACCAGAUCUCAGGCCCCGUCCACACGGAGCCGACUUUUUGGUGAAACCCCAUCUUGUGCGUUUCGGCCGACCGUCCAGACGGAGCCGGCGGAUCCUAUGCCCGAAACCCCAGAUUUCUGAUACUAUGUCCCAGAGUGUUUUGAAAUAUAUCCGGACCUAUGCGGUUUCGUGUUAGGAUUCGUGCGGACGCCUGAAACGCAAACGAGAAUAAACGAACUCAAACCCAGGAAACCUCAGCCCACCUCCUGACGUCAUCACUAGGGGACGCCACUGACACAGACAGACAACAAAUCGAAAAGGGUUUCUUUACAACUCGGUAAAGGCAGGUGAAACUGGUCCACACCUGAAGUCAUACCCCUGCCCCACCCAGCAGGUGACUCCGUUCCACGUUGAGCCCCUGACUCCAGUCCACACUGAGCUCCCGACUCCGGUCCAGGUUGAGCUCCUGACUCCGGUCCAGGUUGAGCUCCUGACUCCGGUCCAGUUUGAGCUCCUGACUCCGGUCCAGGUUGAGCCCCUGACUCCGGUCCACACUGAGCUCCCGACUCCGGUCCACACUGAGCCGCCAUGGACUCCGAGGCAGCCCCGCCCUUCCACGUGUGGGACGAGGGGAAGGCCUACGAGGAGCUCCUGUCCUGGGACAGUCUGAUCCAGCAGGGCCACCGCCUGCUGCCCCACGACUUCAACAGGUACGAGGACCUGCGCUACUGGUACGACUGUCUGUGCUACGAGGAGGAGCUGCGGCAGUACCACGACUACAUCGCUUCUAUAGAGGAGAUCGAGGACUUCCCCUCCCAUCAUGAGGCCCCAGCCCCCCGCACGCCCCCCCUGCAGCCCUACGACCGGCACCUCAUGGCCAAGCACUCCUCGGUGUACCCCACCUCGGAGGAGCUGGAGGCGGUCCAGGUCAUCAUCUCCCACGUGGAGUGCGCCCUGAAGGCCGUGUCCGACACGCUGGACGAGAAACCCGCCGCCGAGGAGACCCCGGAGGCAGAGAGCCCGGAGGCGGCGGAGCGCGUGCUGCGGGGGGUGAUGCGGGUGGGCCUGGUGGCCAAGGGGCUGCUGCUGACGGGGGACCUGGACCUGGAGCUGGUGCUGCUCUGCGCCCACAAGCCCACCGGGGCGCUGCUCGGCCGCGUGGGAGAGCUGCUGGACCAGCAGCUGCAGGUGGUCACCAAGGACAAGUACCAGGUGAUCCAGAGCCCCGAGCAGGCCUCCAUCGUCGUCAAGAGCACCAAGACGCUGGUGUUCACCCUGACCAUCCACCUGACCUCCCCGCUGAUCCGCACGGAGCAGGAGGCCCCGCCCAGCGAGGCCUCCACUGAUCCAGACACGCAAACGGUCGUCGACCCGCCGGACGUUCUGGACAGGCAGAAAUGCCUGACCGCCCUGGCGUCCCUCCGCCACGCUAAGUGGUUCCAGGCGAAGGUCAACGACCUGAAGUCCGCCGUCAUCGUGAUCCGGGUCAUGAGGGACCUCUGUAAGCGCGUGCCCGCCUGGGCCCCGCUAUCGGGAUGGCCGCUGGAGCUGCUGGUGGAGAAGUCCAUCAGGACGUACGAGCGACCGAUGGAGGUGGGGGAGGCCUUCCGACGCGUCCUGGAGUGUAUCGCGUCCGGAAUCCUACUGGAAGGCGGCCCAGGGAUCAAGGACCCGUGUGAAAGAGAAUCCACGGACGCCAUUGGCCACCUGGAACCCCAGCAGCGAGAGGAGCUCACAGCGAGCGCUCAGCACGCCCUGCGUCUCUCUGCGUUCAGGCAGCUGCACAAGGUGCUGGGCAUGGACAUCGUGCCGGUCCGACCCCAGAGGCUAACGGGAGCCAACAUCAAAGACAUCAAAGCCCAAAUAGAGCUGUCCGGGCCGCUGAAGACGCCCGUGAAGAGGGCGUUCCCGGAGAUGGAGAACCCAGCCGAUGACCGGCAGCUCAACAGCAAGCAGAGGAAGUUCCUCAAGUUCCAGAAGCACAACCGCUUCGACAGGAAGUCCUUCUCGGACGACCUCUGCAUGAACGCUGUGAUGCGGCUGAACCAGUACAAGCCGGGGCUGGACUACCGGCUGGUCUCCCAGGUGGGGCCGGUCCACGAGCCGGUGUUCACCAUGGCCGUGGACCUGAACAGCACCACCUACGAAGCCACUGGCCCCUCCAAGAGAGUGGCCAAGCUCAACGUGGCCACCAAGGUGCUGCAGGAGCUGGGUCUGCCGACCGGGUCAGAGACCAAGCCCAGCGAGGGUCUGGUGGAGGGAGAGGGGAGCAAGGCGGCGGGCAGCGCCUCUAUCGCCUCCGCCGCCGGAUCAGAAGACGGCGUGGCCGGCCCCAUCCUCACCAAGCACGGGAAGAACCCGGUGAUGGAGCUGAACGAGAAGCGGCGCAGCUUGAAGUACGAGCUGUCUGCCGAGACGGGGGGCUCCCACGAGAAGUGUUUCAUCAUGGAGGUGGAGGUGGACGGGCAGAAGUUCAAGGGUCGCGGCUCCAACAAGAAGGAGGCCAAGUCCUACGCAGCGCUGGCCGCCCUGGAGAAGCUGUUCCCCGACUCGGCAGGGGGAGCCUCGGCCUUCAGCAAGGACUUCCCCAAGAAGAAGGUCACCUACACCGACAUGCACAUCCCCGGGUUCGGGACCAUCAGGGGAAUCCCGUCGGACCCGGGAAACCACCCCUGGAAGGGGCGAGGAAGAGGACGAGGAAGGCCGUACUCCAGAGGAAACCAGUACAACAAGACAAACUACAAUUAUGGGAACACUCCAGGUGGAGGCUAUUCCUCCGGCCCCCCCAAGGGCCCCCAGGCGGCCCCCGGUGGAGAGGCCCCUCCCCCCUCCGCCACCGCCGGCGGCUACGGAACCUUCUACCCGGACGCGGGCUCCUACACCUACUCGGCCCCCCCGGUCUCGGCCCCGGCCCCGCCCCCCGCCGCCGCCGCCGCCCCCCCCGCCGGCCCCGCCCCCACGGCGGCCGCUGAGCCCACCAGCUACCACUCGAUGCCCCCCCCCGCCGACCAGCAGAGCCCCUACAGCUACGGCUACGGCGAGGAGAAGAAGAAGCAGCUGACGCAGAUGGCGCCGCAGGGUGUGGCUCCGCCCCCCGGGGCGGGGCAGCAGGGCGGGGCCCCCCAGGGCCAGGCGGACUACUCCAUGUACAGCACGGCCUACCCCAGCUCGGUGACCGGGGGGCAGAACUACAACUACGGUUGGUCGGGCCAGGCAUCCUGGCAGCCCCCCCAGCAGCAGGGCUACGGGGGGGCGUACCCGGACCAGGGGGGGCAGAACGCCGCCACCUACCCCGGGUACGGGCACGUGAACUAUCAGUGAGCGGCUCUGAGCGCUGACCCCCCCCCCCCUGAGGAACGGCUCUAAAAGGAAUCGCUCUAAAAGGAGCGCAGCCCUGUGAUGCUCGUUCCUCAAAGAGCCGGGACGCGAACCAGUCCACCACCACUUCCUGGGAGAUAAUUUUAGCUUCAGUUCCUUUUUAUGUUACGUUUUUAUUAUUUUUAACCGUGCUGUUGUUUUUUUUUUCCUUUUGUACUCCUCGUCCUUAAUGCACACGUAGGUCAGACGGUGUUACAAUGUGAAGCCUGCGUCAAAUCCCGAACAUUAGCGUUUUAACUAUUAUUUAACGACCCGUCCUCUGUCCUGUAUGUUGACAUGAAUGUAAAGUUGACUGUAAAACAUUUCUUCUUCUGUUGUCUUUUUAUAAAUGUCCUUUGUAUCUGCGCAGGCUGACCUUUGUUUCCAGGUUGUGUACUAACCUGCUCCACCGUGGUUCUGACUAAUAAUGUUUUCUCUGUUACCUGUGUCGGUUAAGUGCUGUCGUCUUGUUUUGAGAAUAAAUACUAAGAACUUUUAUUUUGAAACGUCA